AUGUCUACUGGUACCAUCGACGUCAAGGACAGUAUAUCCAAUCGAACGUAUGCCAAGGACAGCGAGGAGGAAGAAAAAGACAAGGUAGUGUUGGAGAAUGAUUUCUUAUGUGAUGCCAAUUUACCACCUCGUCCAUUUUUCCUGACUGGCGAGUGGUUAAUUCAACCACCCGACAUGGACACAUGGAUCCGUACAUUCCACUCCUACAUCGGUGAUAGUUCGGAGGAGAGGGAAGAGAUCAUAAAUGAUAUGGAGAACGAGUCUGGGGAAAUCAUCUCCAAGUCCAUAACUGAAAAUCAGAUUCCUAAGCUUUUCGAAGGCUGUGAUGAAGACACACGAAGAGGUGUAGAGAAAAAUCUGAAUAGUAUCAAUAAGUGGCAAACCGACUUACGGAUCGAUUCUUCCAAAAGUGAAUUUGAGAGGAUCGGAGCAAUUAUCAAAGAAGAUGCCAAACAAUAUGUCAGAAAAGUUGCUAAUAGAUUCGCCGAAUGUCAUCCGGACAGCCGAAAUAUCAAAACUGAAGUUAGAACAUGGGAAGAGUUUCCUCCAGAGACUCACAGAGCUUUGAAAGCGUAUGACGGCUGGCUUGAUGAUGUGGAAAAAGAAGAAAUUUUGACUAGAUCUGUGUCAAGUAUUCAGAAGCCUUCUGUAUGGAUCAUCGUUGGUGAUUUAUGGUCUGAGGAUGAUUUCAGAAGGACCGAUUCCCCUGACAAGUUGACUGUAGAGUACACUUUCAAGCCCGGAUAUGAUGCUGCUAUAGUACCUUCUAUCCAUCAAGACAAAAAUAAUCAAGCAGAACAGGAUAUGAAGGGAUUCAUCAAUUCUCUGAGCGAGUCCGCUCAGCGACGACUGCGAAAAUCGCACGAACCGAUAACCUUCCGGUUCGACGAGUCUGAGCUGACAUGGGAUAGUAUAGGUGAAUAUGAAUCCCAAAGGAAGGAAAUUGCUAUUUCAGGGUUUGAGAAGAUGAGGGACGGGGAGAACAAGCUGGUAUCGACAAUGAUGAAGGAUAUAGUGAAUUCGAUAAGUAUCGACAGCCAGACCUUUGACGUACAUGUACUUCCAAGUCGUCAUUAUUUCAAGGAGGACGAAGGUUACUCAAAUUUGAAAGAUCCUCUGUAG